CGCUUGCUGGCUACUGCGCAUGCUCCCGUCUCGGGUGUCCGCGUGGUGAGUGGAGAGCGCGUGUCGUUGCAGUGCAGAAGAAGCGCGCAGUUUUCAGAAGUUUUUAUUUCGGUAUUUUUUUUUUUGCCGUCCACACAUUCCGGGAGCUGUUCAGUGGGACAGCGGCCCCGAUUAUUUUCCUACGUAGUGUCGUCUUUUUCUGAAUCAGAAUGCUGGUGCUGUUCGAGACCGCGGCGGGCUACGCAAUCUUUAAGGUUCUGGACGAGCGGAAACUUCAAGAGGUAGAUAGCCUGUGGAAGGAGUUUGAGAGUCCGGAAAAGGCCAACAAGAUAGUGAAGCUGAAACACUUCGAGAAGUUCCAGGACACCACUGAAGCUUUAGCAGCGGCCACUGCGCUAGUGGAGGGCAAGAUUGGGAAACGUUUGAAGAAAGUUUUGAAGAAGGUGGUAGCCAAGGAGGCCCAUGAGGAAUUGGCCAUCAGUGAUGCGAAGCUGGGGGGCGUCAUUAAGGACAAGCUGAGUUUGAACUGUGUGCACAGCCCAGCAGUGGCCGAGUUAAUGAGGGGAAUCCGUACCCAACUUGAUGGACUGAUCACUGGUCUUCCUCCUAGGGAGUUCACUGCAAUGUCUUUGGGUUUGGCUCACAGCUUGUCUCGCUACAAACUAAAGUUCAGCCCAGACAAGGUGGAUACCAUGAUUGUACAGGCCAUCUCUCUCCUCGAUGACCUGGACAAAGAGUUGAAUAAUUACAUCAUGCGGUGCAGAGAAUGGUAUGGCUGGCAUUUCCCAGAACUUGGAAAAAUAAUCUCGGACAACCUGGCUUACUGUAAAUCUGUACAGAGAAUAGGGGACAGGGUUAAUGUUGCCAGCACAGAUCUUUCAGACAUUCUUCCAGAAGAAGUGGAAACUGAAGUGAAAACUGCAGCAGAGAUCUCCAUGGGAACAGAAGUAUCAGAGGAAGAUAUCUGCAAUAUUUUGCAUUUAUGUCAGCAGGUUAUCGAGAUCUCUGAAUACCGCACACAGCUGUAUGAUUAUCUCAAGAACCGUAUGAUGGCGAUUGCCCCCAAUCUGACUAUCUUGGUGGGUGAGCUUGUGGGAGCCAGACUUAUCGCACAUGCAGGUUCUCUCUUGAAUUUGGCCAAACACCCAGCAUCAACUGUGCAGAUCCUUGGAGCAGAGAAGGCUCUCUUUAGAGCUCUGAAGUCCAAAAAAGACACUCCCAAGUAUGGUCUGAUCUAUCAUGCCUCAUUAGUGGGGCAGACUACUCCCAAAAACAAGGGCAAGAUUUCUAGGAUGCUGGCAUCCAAAACGGCUUUAGCAAUUCGUUAUGAUGCUCUGGGAGAGGACACCAAUGCAGAAAUUGGAGCAGAACACAGAGCCAAACUGGAAGCAAGGUUAAGGCACCUGGAGGAGAGGGGGAUCAGAAGAAUUAGUGGCACAGGCAAAGCACUGGCACGGGCAGAUAAAUACCAGUACAAGAGUGAGGUGAAGACUUUUGAUCCUUCUGGUGACUCCACGUUGCCUCCUGUGUCAAAGAAAAGGCGGUUUGAAGAAGUGGAGCAGGAGGAAGAGGGUGAGGUGGUCACUGUUGAAAUGAAAGUGAAAAAAAUUAAGAAGGAGCCAGCAGUAGAGGAAGCCACCGCUGAGGAUGUGGAGACAGAGACUCCAAAGAAGAAGAAGAAAAAAGAAAAGCACAAGAGUCCUGAAGAGGAGGAGGAGGAGGCAGAGGCCGCCAUUAUUGUGAAAGUCAAGAAAGAAAAGAGAGGGGAAGCAGAAGUGGUAGCGGAGGCAGAAGAGGAGCAGCCUGCAAAGAAGAAGAAGAAAAAGGACAAAAAGCAGGCCAUAACAGAGGAGGCCGAGGAGGAACCCGAGCUCCCAGUGCAGACAACAGAGAAAAAGAAGAAGAAGAAGAAAAUGAAAGUGGAGGAAGAGGAGGAGGAUUGAAGUGCUUGCUGCACUUUUUAUUUGAACCUGUCAGUUUUGUGACAGCCACUAAGCAGGUGUGCGACUCCAUGUACUUUAUUGUCGUGUGCUGCUUUUUUUAUUUCUUGUCAAUUAUUUGCCCCCCCCUCUGUAUAUUUUCCCCUUGUUGAACUAAAGCUAAUGUUAAACUA